AUGAAAAUUUGUGCUGUUUUACCUGUGACUACUUCAGGUUUGCAGUAUAAUCAUGAAACACAUGAACUGCAAGAAACUCAAAAAUCUCAACAUAACUGCAGCACCAUGGAAAAUGACAUCAAAUUAAAGGAAGAAAUGCUGAGAAAUAUGUCUGUAGAGAGUACUCGCUACAAUGCUCUUCUGGACUUAAUCAACAGAGAACAGAACAGAUGGUACAACAAAACUAAGACUGUUUUAGCUUCCCCUCAGCACACAGGUGGUUGUGUUGAAAUGCAUUGGUUAUGCUAUGGUAUAAAAUGUUAUUAUUUCAUCAUGGACAAAAGAACAUGGCGUGAAUGUAUACAGACCUGCCAGAAUUACAGCUUAUCCUUUCUGAAGAUACAUGAUAAGGAUGAACUGAAGUUCCUUCAGGACCACAUUAUUCGAGACAGUUACUGGAUUGGAUUGUCAUAUAAUAAUAAAAAAAAGGAAUGGUCAUGGAUUAACAACACACCAUUGAAUUGGGAUUUGGUGGCAAUGAUAUCACUACUAAAAACAGGAAAUUGUAAAUAUUUCAGUAUGACAGGUCUACAUGAUGAUGACUGUGGUAAAAGACAUCUCUGUAUCUGUGAAAAGGGAAUCGAAAAAUAUCCUGCCCCAUUGUGCAGUGCGAACGAAAGGUCACAGUCUGCUCUGUGAAUAAAGAGAUGAGUUGCAAAGCGAAGAAGUCUCCUGAAAUUUGUCUUAAGAGCAGACACAAUAUUUCCUUCUGGCACAUGGAGCAGCUUGCAUGUGGAGAAUGGACAUCCUUUGUUCCAAGACCCAAACGAUUUUCCUCACAUUGUCUCCUGAAUGACACACAGAACCACAUGGAGAACUCAAUAAAUAAUGCAGACAUCACAUAUUCUUUAGGAUAUUUCUACAGCCCAUGGCUUGUUACCACAAUUAAUAACAAAUCUGCAGUUGUGUGUUUUCAUGUAUUGGUUAGUUACUAUUUGUUUGUUUGCUUGUUUGUUUGUUUGUUUUUGGUGUAGAAAAAGUUAGCAUUUUUAAAACCUUUUGAGAUGAGGAACUGUGGAUGGGAGGACUGAUUGGGGUAAUGUCUUGACUGUUAAUAAAUAAAAUAAUUUUGAAAACCUUA